AUGGCCGACACCGGUGGUUGGAGCACUAUUGAGUCCGACGAGGGCCUAUUCACCUCCCUCAUUGAGACGCUAGGCGUUCAGAAUGUCCAAUUCGAAGAGCUCAUCUCGUUAGAUGCAAACACGAUACGCUCCCUCGGGUACUCACUCCUCUUCCUCUCCAUCCCAACCGCGAAUCAAGGCACUCUCCCCGCCGUGCUUGGCAUAGCUAACCCUCCGCACCUCCCACAGAUCCGUCUACGGCGUCAUCUUCCUCUUCAAGUGGACCCGCGAGGCAGCCGGUGCCCGCGCCGAAGCACCCCUCGACGGGAGCUACGACGCAACCGCAGCAGAAAACAACGUCUUCUUUGCCGCGCAAACGAUCCAAAACGCCUGCGGCACCCAAGCUAUCCUCUCCGUAAUCCUCAACCACGACAACCCCCCCAACCACUCCCACCCAUUACCCUGGGCACCGAGCUCCGCUCCUUCAAAGACUUCACAACCGGCUUCCCGCCCGAAUUGCGCGGCGAAGCCCUGUCCAACUCGGAAGCCAUCCGCACCGCACACAACUCCUUCGCCCGCGCAAGCCCGUUCGCCGACGAAACGGCCCGGCCCCAGGACGAAGAGAAUGCCGCGGAUGUGUACCACUUCAUCGCGUACACGCCUGUUAACGGGACGCUGUACGAGCUGGACGGCCUGCAGCCGCACCCGAUCAGCCACGGCGCGUGCGACCUGUCUUCGUUCCCGGAGAAAGUGAUCGAGGUGCUGCAGCGGCGCAUUGCGCGGUACCCGCCGGAGGAGACGCACUUUAAUCUGAUGGCGGUGGUACAGGACCCGCGCCCGCGGGCGCGGGAGAUUGGGGAUGCGGAGACGCUGGAGCGUGAGGAACGGAAGCGGGCCGCGUGGGCGUGGGAGAAUACGCUGCGGCGGUGGAACUUUGUUGGGUUUAUUGGAGAGAUGAUGAAGGGGGUGGCUGCGAUGAAGGAGGGGCAGGAUGAGAGCGGAAAGGCGUAUGAGGAGUGGGUGGAAGCGGCGAAGAAGGCGACGAGGAAGAGGUUGGAGAUGCGGCGAUAG